AUGUUGCCACCGGCACUCAACAUCCCAAAAUGGCUCGAAUCUAACUCCCACCUUCUGCAGCCACCUGUGAACAAUUACUGCGUCUAUCACCCUGCUUCCCCUGCGACAGCCGGCUACACAGUAAUGAUCGUCGGCGGACCAAAUUCGCGAACAGAUUACCACAUCAAUACGACGCCUGAGUUCUUCUACCAGUAUCGUGGAUCUAUGCUUCUCAAGACUGAUACAGUGGGUGUCGUCAUGGAGCAGCCACGAGCAGAGGGUGCAAUUGAUAUCAUGCGAUGGUAUUGCCGGAAGUGUACCGAGGUAGUCUGGGAGAAGCGCUUUGUGUGUACCGAUUUGGGGACACAAGUGAAGCAAGUGGUGGAAGAAUUUGCGGCAGAUGAGGAUAAGCGCCGAUGCAAGGCAUGUGGGGAGGUAGCAUCAGUGAAAUACGCCGAAGGGGAGGUUGUACAGCCGCCUACACACCCUGAAUGA